AUCGCUAAACAUGUUCUUAUACGAAAGCUUAGUAGCAAUCUAUCACGAGAGCGCGUAGUCCAGCGAAAAUGCUUGAUCCAAGUAACAAUCGCGAUCAUUUCGCUGAUAUAUCAACAAUGUCUACUACUGCUGGUGUUUCAAAUACAUAUCUUGUACGUCCGCGAUUGCCUUUAAGGAUUUAUUCGAAACCCAAAAUAUCAGGAAGUUAUACUCAUUAUCCAGAUUCUAUUGGUCUUUCACGUACGAAAAGGACUAAAAAUAGAAAAACAAAUGGAGUUCAAAAAAUUGAUUUGAACAAGAGAAAAAGUCCAGACUAUAUAGAAGUAAUAUAUAGGGAAGCUGUUUCAAAAUUAAAAUAUUUGUUAGCUGAAACUUAUUUACCAGUGGAUGCGUCUGGGAAGCAACAAUGUGUUAAAAGCAAUUAUCAAUCUAAUAGAAUCACAAAAUCUGGGAAUGAUAUGGACAAUCAAAGUUUUAUAAGCGAAGGUUCAAGAAUGAAGGAUUUAAAUAAUGAUAAUGUUUGCUUACUAACAACUCCACGUCCACUUUCCUCAAAAAGUAUUCAUCCAUCAAAGGUUUAUAGUAAUUUGGCACUUUCUAUUGCUGAAUUACAAUCAGUUCCACCAGAAAUAACUUCAUAUAUUGAACAGCAAGAAGAAUAUAUUGAACAAAUCGAACAAGAAUCUCAAUAUUGUAGAAAUGAAUUAACUAAUUUGCUUAGUAAAGUCAGAGAGGUCAUAGCUGAAAAUGAAGAAUUGCAUAAUAAAACUAAAACUGGAUUUUUGAAAUAUGCAUUCGAUGAGCAUGAAAAUCAUCCUGAAAAUGAUUGCACUUCUAAUGAGCAUAGUCUUGCAUAUACAAGUAGUAUUGAUUCUAAAAUGAAUAAAUCUUCAAAAAUGUUAGAAGGGCCCAAUAUAAUAUUUGAAUCUAGAAUUAGCGAGUUAGAGGCACAAUUGACUCAAGCUAAGCUUGAAUUGCGAAAAACUCAAGAAGAAAAUCAACUUAAUAUAAAGAAACUAUCUGAGAAUCCUUUUAGUAAUGGUAAUGUAGAUAUAACAACACAAUUAAAUCAAACUUUAAGAGCUAAAUAUGAUGCCGAAAUGAAGGUAGAAGAACUACAGAAAACUUUAUCUAUAAUGCGAGAUAAGGAAAUGGAAUCUACCCAAAAGGCAAAACAUUCAAUGGAGAUAGCGCAACAAAUGGAAUUUGAAAAAAAUCAAGCAGAAACAGAAGUUAGAAGAUUGAAAGAUGAAUUGGAUAGACAACACGAAAAACUCAGAGAAGCUGCUCACGAAGCAAGCAGACGCAUUACUGAAGAAAGGCAACAAGUAGAACGCAGAUACAGCCAACAAGUUGAACAACUUUCUGCUGAUAUAGCUUCUCAGUGGAAUGUUGCUAAUAAAUCACAAUUGGAAUCUGAAAAGCAACAAAGAGAGUUGUUGGAUUUGAAAAGAGAAUUGUCACAAAAACAAACGAUUAUAGAUAAUCUGAAAAAGGAUUUGCAGAAUAGAAUAUCAAGUUUACAAAGCGAUCUUAAUCAAGCUUUGACUGAAAAAGAUAUGGCUGAACAGGAAGUAAUAGCUGCUAAAUUAGCAGGAGAAAGAAAUGAUAGGCAAACCAAACAGGAGCAAAGUAGAUUGCAAACAGAAAUAAAUGCUUAUAAACAACGUAUGGAAAGAGCGGAUGCAGAUUUAGUUCAUUGCAGACGUGAAAAUUUGCGACUUUUAGAACAAAUAGCUUUGUUAGAAAAAGAGAUCAGUAUUAAUAAAAUGAUGUAUCCAGAAGAUUCUCAAAGAAAAGAUGUAUCUAGUCAAGAAAAUAAAAAGGAGAUCUCUACACUGAAAAUGGACAUGGACACAAAACAUGAGGAAAUCAAUGACGGGGAUACAAGACUUGGAAAUACUGCUUCGUCUUCAAACAAGAAACGUAUUGUUAAGGUUGAUCUAAAAGUAAAAGUUAUACCGAGAAAGAAGUUAGAUUCUUUCAAGAUGCCUCUAUCAACACAGGAAGAAAUGGCUAACCUACAAAGUAACAUAGAAUAUUUGUCAAAUAAGAUAAAGGAUACCUUUCAUAAUCAAAAAGCACCAUAUAAUAUUAAUGCAUCUUAUAACUCACCGGAUCAAUUAAACGAGACGAAUCUAAUUAAUCAAAAUGGAAAUACAAUUUCUCGUAUUUCACAAAAUACAGAUUAUGAAAUUACUCAAAUGCAAAAUGAAGUGGAUAAUGAUAAAAGAGAAAUUUAUCCAAAGAAAUCACAAAAAAAAGAUGAAUUGGAAGAAAGAUACGAUCAUUCUAAUCAGCAUGAAUAUGCUUUAGGAAAUUAUAACAAUAAUAAUAUAUAUAAUGCUGAAGAUCAGACAAUGGAAGAAAAAAAUGGAGAGCAAGAAAAACAUUUGAUAGACGAUCAAAAUGUCGAUGUUAAUGUAGUAGAAUCUUCUUAUGAUCAGUAUGAAGAAUAUGAUGAAUCACAAUAUGAAGAACAGGAACAUAAGGAUGAUCAGUAUAAAGAACAGGAUGACACACAUGAUAUGACACAAUAUUCUGAACAAGAAUAUCAAGAAAUUCCUAAUACAGUUAUUCCUACCAACGAGUAUACACAAUAAUUUAUAUUUUUUUCAUAGCAUUGACAUAUUUAUUGUAUUAUUAGACGUGCAGAUAUAUUACGAGAAACGUAAUAAAAUUAGUAUUAAACUUGA